AUGGAAAUUAAAUUAUAAGUGGAUAAUCUUAUUAAACCCAUUAAAGAAAUAAUUUAGAAUAUUGAUCAAGUUAACAGUUAAAUCUUACAAUCACACACUCAAUAGUUUGCGUUGUCGAUAAUUGAAUUUGUUUUUUUAGGAAAUUGCUGUCCUUGCACUCUAACGCCUGUUGAAUAUAAAACCAUAUUAAUCCAAUAUGUUCAGCAAUUACGAAAACACUAUCAGAACAAUAAAGAAUCGACAGCUUGCCAAAUUGUAAGCAAACUUCUAAAGCAGCGAUAAGAACAUGGAGAUCGUGAAUAAGAAGGGUUCAUGAAUUCAGAUGAAGAAGAGACACGUUUAGUUAAACAAAUAUCAUUUUAGUAAAAUAUCCAAGAUUAUUCCAACGAUGCAGAUUUGGAAAAGCACAAAGUAGUGUUGCAAUAAAAGGAUUACGAAAUUGCGACUCUCAAGGUCAAACUACAGUUGAAAGAGCAGAAACUCUUGGAUUUAGCCAGUGGUUAUCUCAAAGACCUACAAAACAUGAGAGAACAAAUGUAUAAAAAGUCAGAUGAUUUCGAUUACUACGAGGUUUCUUACUUUGAUGUCACAGAUAUCGAGGAUCCUCGCUACAGAGAUUUGGUGAAUAACAAGAUAGCCAAUCUAAAGAGUCAAUAUGAAACGAAGACAAGGGAAAUAUAUUUAUUCGUUUAGAAAUAAAAGAACGAGGUCUAGAAUUUGAGGUAGACAGUGGGAAACUUUGAACAAAAGAUGAAGCUGAUGGAGAAUGUGGAGUAUUUGAUGAAUCGUGUAUUUGCAUUGGAAUAAGACCCUUAUAAAAUAUGGAGAUACAUUCAAGACAUCAAAGGAAAUGAUUUCUUUCAUGAUGUCUUUGAAAAGUAAAAGCCAGCAUCAGGAAUUCGAUAUAGAGAAGUGAAUAAACUAUUGAUGGUAACGAAAGCUUACGAUAGAGAAUUAGAAUACUUUAAGAAAGGUAUUGAGGAUCAAAUGUAUAUCUAUUUGGAGAGAGCCUGUGGAAUUAUUAACCUCUAAAAUCAGGAUCUAUUGGAUGAAAUUGAGGAAUUGAAAAAAGAGGCUGAAAGAGUUAAUUAAUUUGAGGGCAGAGUGAAUCAAUAAAUUAUGCAAUCAUUUGAAUAAUUUAAAAAAUAAUUGAAAUAGCAUCAGGAGGAAUACAUGGAUAUGAAAUCUAAAGAAUUGUAGUAAUUAUAGAAAAUUCAACUCAAAUAUGCUACAAGGUUGUGGUAUAUUGUGAGUCAAAUCAAGAAAGGCAGAGAUAUAAAAGAGUUGAUAUUAUAUGCAUAUUAGAAUGAUUACGAAAAAUUGACAUCAUAAUAAUUCUUGGAGGUGGAAAAUAAUUAUCUCAAAAGUAUGAUCGCUAUUAAAGCAAGUUAAGAAGAGAUAGUUGAGUUGAAUAAUAAAUUAGAACAGAUGGGAUUAUCUAAUGAAGAAUUUAAGACCUAAAAUUCUUAAAUGAAAGUUAUCAUUCAAGAUUUGAAAGCCAAAAUCAAGAAUCAUUAGAAAUGUUUGCAAUAAACAAUUAAACAUAUAGAUUCUAAGAUCAAUCCAGAAUAACUCAAUCUGGAGGACAAUAACAGAGAAACUACCAUUAGUUUUAAAGAUAAACUUAAACAACUAAGACAAUAACAUAAUGGAUUGAAAUUUAUCUAGGAAGUGAAUGAGUAAUAUCAAAAAAAUAAUUUGGCAUUAGACUUUUUAAGUACUAGCUAUGAAAACAAAGCAAUCUAAACUAUGAUUGGUAAUGUAAAUAAAAGUUUGGCAGAAGCUAUUGAAAUACAUGAGACACAUAGCAAUAAGGAAAAUAUUCAUGAAGAUUUGGGAUGUGUCAAAAAGGAAAGUCAUGAUGAAGAAUGCUAAACUGAUUUGAUUGAUGUUGAAGAAUUAAUAAAGCAAACCGCUGAGUUAAAAUAAUAGAUCAAGAAUUUGGCAUAGGAUAUAGAUGAUAUGGAAGGAGAGGGUGUUGCAUAGCAACAUUAUAAAUUAAGCAAUUAAUAAAAUUAAUCCUUUGAUAACUACUCAUCUUAAAAAAGUGGAAAUCUUAAAAGAAGAUAUGUUUAAGCUAAUGAAUUCAAGGAUUCAAAUCCAAACUAUCAAAAUGAUCUCAAAGUAUACAACGAAAAAAAUAAUGGUUAUACUUUAGGCUAGCCUAAUUAAUUGAUCAUUUUGCAUCAAUAGUAAUCUUUUGAGAGAAUAGCUUAAACUUAGACUCUCCAAGCUUCUAAACACUAAUAAAAAGGUGUUUUUAGUAGAUUGUUUGAGGAUAGCAAGAAGAAGUCAGAAAGAAUUCAAAAAAUCAAAAAUAAUUUAGAAUUGUUAGAGUAAGAGCAUUGGCAAUAAGUGGCUGAGUUAGUAAAAGAGAAUUAAGAUAUUAUGAAUGCUUUUAAAGACACAAUCUCAACAAGCAAGCAUUUCUAUCAGAAAUAGCUAAAAAGAAGUCUUGAAAUAGAAUAAAAAUAUUUUCCUUAAAAACACAAUAGAGCAAAAUUUUAUUUUAAGAAAUUUAAGGAUUUUCAUGUGCAUCAAUAAGAACUUAAUGAGAUCUUUUUUGACCCUAAUUCGAGUGAUGAAAAAACUAAUGAAAUACAGAGAUUGAAUAUCAAAAGUGUUGUCGAUAACAGGAAAUUGAAUGGAUAAAUAAGAUUUAAUGGACUAAAAAGAGAAGAAUAUUAAUUUUUUCAAUCACUUGAAAGGAAAAAAUUAUAAAGCAGAACUUUUAGAAGUACUUAGCAAUCUCCAAAAUAAAAGAAGGUCCAGUAUGUUUCAUUUAAUAAACCAUUUAUAGGAAGUUUAACUAGCAAUGAAACGAACGAUUUCAAUAACUAAUAAAUCGUUAAACAUUUGUAAAAGGUUUAUGAUUUGGGCUGA